CCCAUUUUGUUUAGCGGGUCAAUAAAAGAGAAUAUUCGCUUAGGAAAGCCUGAUGCAAGUGAUGAAGACGUUGUUACUGCAGCAAAAUUGGCAAAUGCACAUGAUUUUAUAAUGAAAUUUCCUGAUGUACGAUUUUAUUCUUUGUAUGGUUGAUGUGAAUUUCUUUUCCUACAUCUCUUUUUAAGGAUUACAAAAUGAAAGAAGGAUUUAAAUUGUCCAGAGGACAGAAACAACGUGUGGCUAUAGCCCGUGCGCUCAUUUCGAAUCCCAAAAUUCUUUUGCUUGACGAUGCUACUUCAGCGUUGGAUUACACAAGUGAAAAAGUUGUACAGGAUGCUCUUGAAAAGGCGAAAGACGGUCGAACGACGGUUAUCGUUACUCAUCGUCUAUCGACGAUAAGGAAUGUCGAUCUCAUCUUUGUUUUGCAGCACGGUACAGUUAAUGAAUAUGGUACUCAUCAUGAAUUAAUGGACAAAAAAGGGUUCUACUAUGAGUUUGUAGUAGCACAAGAAAAAGUUGGCAACAAUCCAGAGAAUAAUCUUCAUAAUUAUGACGAAGAACCUGAUAUAAAUUUCUCUGAGCAGAAAAUCGCUGGAGCAACUGUCUUAGUAAAGCCUUCAGCAUUAAGCACAGAACCUGGCAAUAGUACCAAACAUACGAUGCCAACUAACAAUAUACAAAAGAAUAAUAAGAAAAGAAAAUUAUCGAAACCGUUCUUACUGAAAAUUUUAGCACUAAAUGCUGCCGAAUGGCCUUACAUAAUAGCUGGUGGAAUGGUGUCUUUGAUAUUUGGUGCUAUUGAACCAGUAUUGGCGUUUUUACUAAUAGAAAUGUAUGGUGCAUUUUCUGAACUAAAUUUUCAAAGACAGACACAUCAAACCCG